AAAAAAAAAGCAAACAUGUUCAACUAGAAGAAUGAAAAGAAAAAGGUAAUAUAGUUGGUCAGACAUUGUUAAAAGGCUUACGUGGUUUUCCACAUUAACCCCAUGAUGGGAUAUUGGAAUCUGGGAAAUCAUGCAAUUGGACAUCAUAAAAGACGACAACCAUUUUAUUUCUUUAAGUUAAAUUAAACUAAAGAGGGCUGGCCUUGCUCCUCUAUUCAGACUUGCAUAGGAAUAUGAGACGCUCCAUUUGAAAGUCAAGCCUUUUUUCCAUUUGUCAUCAUUUUUAACAGAUCUCUGUUGCUCUCUAAGCUAAGAAUAACAGUGAAAAAACAAAGAGAGAGAGAGAGAGCGCUAUGGCUUAUGCUGCUGUGACCUCUCUUAUGUCAACUCUUGGAUUGCUACUGCAAUCCAAUUCCCGUUUAAAUCUUCCCAACGAAGAGCAAACUGAAUCUCUUCACAAAAGAGUAAAAGAACAGAUUCAAUCCUUUCGCCAAAAAGUCGGUUCACUGCAAGCGCUUCUUGAAACAUUGGAGAAGAAUAUCAAUGAUCCUAAGACAAUUGAACAUUGUGAAGUCAAGAUCAAAGAUGCAGCACAUGAUGCAGAAUAUCGAAUUGAAUCAGUAUUGGAAAAAUUUUACAAGGCUCAAAAUGAAAAAAUUAGUAGAGAAGCUUAUGAGGAGUUUUGCAAGAGGUUGCAAAAAGCAUCUGAGUCCAUAGAUUCCAAUUCCAGAAAGUUAACUGAAAGUAUGAAGAGUGGUUUGCAGGCAACUAGUUCACUUAUCCAAAGUUUUGAUUUACCAGAACAUUCUCCACAACUUGGCAAUAGCAUGGUUGGACAUGAAAAUGAACUGGAGGAUGUGAAGUGUAAACUCAUGAAAAUCUCAUCCGAUGAAAGAGAAACUAUGGCAAUCACAGGUAUGGGGGGCAUAGGCAAGACAACCUUUGCUAGAAAAAUUUAUGAUGAUCCAGAAAUUAAAUCACAUUUUGACAUUCUAGCAUGGGUUACUGUGUCAAAGGAAUACUGUGUUAGAAAGAUGUUGCUGCAGCUUCUUCAUUGUAUUCCAUCAACAGAAGAAGUACGCCGUGAAGCAAGGGAUGAUGGUGAGCUAGCAGGCAAAUUGAAACAGAGGCUGUGGAAACGCAGGUACCUAGUUGUCAUCGACGAUAUAUGGAGCAGCAAAGCUUGGGAUGAUAUAAGUCUAUGGUUUCCAGAUUGCAAAGGAAGUCAUAUCCUACUUACCACAAGGUGCGGGAAUGUGGCCAGUUAUGCUGCUCCAGGUAAGACUCCUCAUCACAUGUCUUCUCUAAGUCCGGAGAAAAGUUGGGAACUAUUGCAAUCGAAGCUUCUUGAGAAAGUAGAGCUCUCUCCAGAAUUAGUAAAAAUUGGAAAGAAAAUUGCAGAAAAUUGUCAUGGAAUGCCUUUGACUAUUACUGUAGUUGCUGGAAUUCUAUCUAAAUGCAACAAUGCAUUAGAAGGAUGGAAGCGAGUAGCACAUGAUGUAAAAUCAGCAAUAUUUAAAGAUCUUGGUAGACAAUGCGAAAAGGUCCUUGGGUUAAGUUACUACUAUCUUCCUCAACACCUAAAGGCUUGCUUUCUAUAUUUUGGAAUUUUUCCCGAAGAUGAAGAAGUUGAUGUGAGAAGAUUAGUGGAGCUAUGGGUUGCACGGGGAUUUUUAAAGGAAGCUGAUAAUAAAAGUUUGGAGGACAUAGCUGGAGAAUGUUUGCAAGAACUUAUAGAUAGAAAUCUGGUUCUUGUAAGCGGGCAGAGUUUUUGGGGAGAAGUGGAAACAUGUAAGAUCCAUGACCUCUUACAUGAGUUAUGCUUAAGACAAGCUCGAAGUGAGAACUUCCUACCUGUUACAAAAAGUAAACCACUGAAUCGAGUCACGUGUGUCUCCCGAUCAUCUGUACAGGAUUGUCUAAUGAUUGUUCGCUCAAUUAGCGAUUUUUAUUGGUUAAACUCUCUUCGCCGUGAUCAAAAGAAAAUACGCACUAUUGUCUAUAAAGGUGAACGCAAACGUGCGGAGAGAGAAAGAUUCGAAUUCAAGAUCUUCAAAAUGAUCAGAGUAUUGGACUUGAGAAAGUUAUACUUUGAUAAUGGUAUUCCAACUUCAGUAUUUGAUUUAGUGCACCUAAGGUAUCUAUCCUUGUACAUUGAAAAACAUGAAUAUAUCCCUCUUUCCAAACUUCAAAAUUUGCAAAUUUUGAUUGUUGAAAUAGGAAAGAAUUGGGCAGAUAAGGUGCCUAUAGAAAUUUGGAGGAUGCCACAGUUAAGGACUGUACGCUUUGUCAAGACAGGAUGGCAAUGUCCUCCCAAUAUGCCAAUAGGUGAAAGGGAGCAUACGGUUUUACAACACCUACAUACUUUAACUGGUGUUGGUGCUGCAUGGUGUAAAAAAGAAAUCUUUGCAUUAAUGCCUAACUUGAAGAACCUGGAAAUUGUGUUAGGCGGAGUUACUCGCGAUUUGUGGAAACGUAUUUCCUGUUUGCCUCUAAUUGAGGUACUUAGAAUUAUAGUUGGAAAAAUUGAUUAUAGUGCCUUUUCCCUGUACAGAUCAAAAGCACAUGCCGAUUUUUUGAAAUAUCGAAGCACUUUUCCACCAACCCUUAGAAGGUUGACAUUAGGUGGGACAUGUCUUCCUUGGGAGGCUAUGGACAUAGUUGGCAUGUUGCCUAACCUCGAGAUACUGGAACUGGAAGACGAUGCCUGCGGAGUUAAACCUAAGACCGCGUGGAAACCCUCCGAAGAAGGGUUUCCUCAAUUAAAGUUCUUGUCACUAUGUCAUAUGCUUUGUUUCACAGAGUGGAAGGCUACAGAAGAUCAUUUUCCUGUCUUGGAGAGACUAUUUAUAUCUCAUUGUCCGCGGCUAGAAGAGAUCCCACAAGAAUUUGCAAAUAUUUUUACACUUCAAUUGAUCGAGUUACAUGACUGCUGUAUUCACCUGGCCAUAUCAGCACAGCAGAUUGAACAAGAGCAAGAAGCCACUUAUGGAAGCCAAGUGACAAAUGUCCAUACAUACAAUUGUGGACAAGCUUACUGCUUCCAAUGUCAACAUGUACUGAAGAGAAAUUCCUGCUGACUGAGGGAGGUAGUUGCAACCAUACUUCAUCAAACUUCGUUUAGAGCUUUCUAUUUUCCUUGAGCAUGGUGUUAAGAAAUUAAGAUCCUUAUGCAUUUGGUUGUGUUUU